GGGCUACUUGAAAGAGGUGCGCCGUACAGUCUACUAUAACCCCAGUUGAUGUUGACGCGCUUCCCUCAGUGCCUAGGCAGAUGGGAAUCCUAUAGUUCCGCAGGUCUCUCCGGCUCGAUGUUCUUCCGCUCCUCAAGCAAACGAUACCUGCUGAAGUCUCUUGGACGAGCCUUCGAGAACCGCUUCCUGCACGAACACUUCCUUCCACGAUACUUCGAGUUUGCAAAGGCACAUCCAGACUCGCUAAUACACAAGAUCUACGACGUGCUCUAUUCCAUGGAACGCCGCUUCGGGGAAUACUUACGUCUCAGCCCAAAUCACUAUAUCGUCAUCGAGAACAUCGCGUACGGCAAACGAGACGAUUGGGAGAUCUUCGAUCUGAAGCCAACGAACUAUCAUACCUCGAGCCAUUUCGCGACCUCCUUCCCGAUGGCAUCCACAUAUCCGGCGCAACAGACGUCCUCCCCCAGACAAGGUGAUCUUCACAUCCGCCUCCGAGCGAGCCUCCCUCCUCGCUCGCGCGCGUGCCGACGUCGCGUUCCUCGCGUCCAUCAAAGCGAUCGACUACUCCGUGCUGCUCGUGCGCGCGCCGGACGGCACGGCGCGCUGGGGGAUCAUCGACACGUUCUGGAGCCUGAAGGAGCCGCGCGCGAGGGUGACGAAGAAGGCGAGCGACGCGGCGGGCCUGCCGCAGCAGACGGUCACGGCGGAUGCGGAGGGGUACGCGAG